UUAAUAAAAGUAUCCAUGGAGAACUCUGAAAACUCAGUGGAUUCAAAGUCCAUUAAAAACUUGGAAAUAAAGCCCUUACCUGGCAGCAAAUCGAUGGACUCUGGAAUAUCUUUGGACGAUAGUUACAAAAUGGAUUUUCCUCAAAUGGGUGUAUGUAUAAUAAUCAAUAAUAAGAACUUUGAUAAAAAGACUGGAAUGACAUCUCGGUUCGGUACAGAUGUGGAUGCAGCAAGGCUCAGGGAAACGUUCUUGAACUUGAAGUACGAAGUUAGGAACCAGAAUGAUCUUACCCGUGAACAAAUUGUAGAAUUGAUGUGCAGUGUCGCUAAAGAAGAUCAUAGCAAAAGGAGCAGUUUUAUUUGUGUGCUUUUAAGCCAUGGCGACGAAGGAAUAAUUUUUGGAACAAAUGGACCUAUUGACCUGAAAAAAUUAACAGUUUUUUUCAGAGGGGAUAAUUGUAGAAGUCUGGCUGGAAAACCCAAACUUUUCAUUAUUCAGGCAUGCCGAGGUACGGAACUGGACUGUGGUAUUGAGACUGACAGCAAUGUUGAUGAUGACAUGGCAUGUCAGAAAAUACCAGUGGAGGCAGACUUCUUGUAUGCGUAUUCUACUGCACCUGGUUACUAUUCCUGGCGAAAUUCAAAGGAUGGAUCCUGGUUCAUCCAGUCACUUUGUGCUAUGCUGAAACAGUACGCUGACAAGCUUGAGCUUAUGCACAUUCUUACUCGGGUUAACCGAAAGGUAGCAACAGAAUUUGAGUCCUUUUCCUUUGACUCCACUUUUCAUGCAAAGAAACAGAUUCCAUGUAUUGUGUCUAUGCUCACAAAAGAACUGUACUUUUAUCACUAAAGAAAUGUAUGGUUUCUUUCAGUUUGUAUGCCAAGCGAGGAAAGGGCAUUGAUACUGUAUUUUUCCCUCGUUAAUCUAAUCUGGUGCUCCAUUUGGGUACUCUGAAACAAGCCUCUUUUAUAGCAGUAGGACUACUGGCAGGCUACCUCAAACUCAGAAUCCGGUAGCUGGAAUUGAACUUGAUUAGGAAUAAAUACAUGAUAGUGGUACAGUUGUGAGAAGAACUGAUUGUAAAUUAGCAGCUGUCAUAACCAGCAAGUUGUAGUGAUGUCGUACUAUGAAUUUCAAGUAAUUAUGGAAAAAGUUAAACAUUACAGUAAUUAAUUUUUGUGAUAUUGCCCUAUCCUAGAAUUUAGGGAGCCUUGUGCACGGUGCAAGGCAUGAAUACCUUGAUAUUAGAAUUGGUAUUUGGAGAUAAAUUAGCUGUGUUUUUGGAUAAUUUAUCUGGACAUAUGAUUUUGUGAUGGUUGUCCUGAGCAUGUAUUUGUUGUAAAGAAUCCUGUUUAAUAUUGAAAAAUAAACUAAAUAUUUUACUUGAAAGAAUGAGCAAUCUAAGUUGACACUUUUAAGACUGAAAGCGUCAUUACUACAGGGAGACAGAGUUAGAACCAGAAGGUACUCACAUGGCUCAUCCAGCAGCAGGUGUGUCCUGUGUCCCUGUGCGAUCUGAAGGGCUGGUAGGUAAAAACCUCAAACUUGAUCAAACCGAUAGCAUCAUGAAUUGAAGAAAUUCCCUGGGACCAUACUGAAAUACAACUUAUAUCAUAAGCACUGCAAUGUAAGGAAGAAAGAGUAAAUCAGUCAGCUGAGCACUUUGUAAUUACAAGGUGGUUUGGGCGUGAGCUGAGACACAGCGGGUCCGUGUGCUGAAGGCAGAAGCAGGAACUCCGGCUCCAGCAAAGCCCUGCUGCUUUCUUCACGCGGACGGUGUGCAUGGAGGUGGCUCCUAGGCAGGAGUCUCCGAGAAGGUGAACCAGUCGGAAACUUCGGAAAUGGAAACUUUCCAAAGGUGAUGAGAGCCACAAUAAAAACCAUAGUACCCUUUGUAGGAACAUUUUUUAGCCUGUUCUUUUCUGCUGAAAUUUAUGAUCAAAGGAAAAUGAUCCUGUUAUAAUUAUAUGCUGUUCUCUGAAAUGAAAGGAUCAUAACGCACAAGACCGGAGAAGUCGUCCAGUCUUCCCCACUUCGGUACACGGGGAAACUGAAGGUCGCAGAGAAACAGCCCAGCCCAGCCAGGGAGGCCGGGCUCUAGCCUCGC